CUAGGGUAAUGAUUUGUCAACAAAAAUAAUAGUUUCAGGAUAUUUGGCCGCAAAACAGCAUGUCCAUGUAAAUAUCUAAUAAGAGUUUGAAGAAAAAAGAAACUUUUCUUGACCUAAUCAGGGCUUUUGAUUCAUGUGAAAUUACGUUUUGGCUUUGAAUAAAAACAAAUUGCACUAUUAUUGUUGGCUUGUAAAGUUUUCCGAAGCUUAUGUGACACCAUUACCUAUUUGUCAGGUUAUUUGUAUUAAAUACAACAUUUUUUACGUUUUCUUUUGUUUCCCCCGAUCCAAAAAGGAAUUUGUUAGCUCGUCCGAUUUUUUCUUUAAAAAAAAUGGCGUGGCCUUAAAACUAACCAGGAAGUCAGUUUUUAGUUUAUUAGUUUAUUCGAGUCUCUUCCAUUUACAUUUACAUAAAUAUACAUAUAAAAACCAGUAAAACUACAUGUAAAUGGCCGUUCAUAUAAAUGAAUUAUAAGAGACUAUACAAAUAUCAUAUCACAUUUUAACUAUACAACAAUAGCACUGGUUUUAUGAAAGAUUUGUAAACUGACGAAGCGUGUACAAAGUGGGUGUAAAAUUGUACCCAGUCGUAAUUAUAUACAAUUAUAACUGCACCUUAUGUACACAUUUAAACAGUUUUGUGAGGAAAAUGUAGGCCAAUCUAUUGAUUAAAGAAGGAUUUAUAACAACAUUUUAAUCAUAUUUAAUGUUGUAAAACAAAGAUGGACAACUUUGUGUUUGUGUCAGAAAAGAAGGAUUACAGUGUACCAGAAUUUCACGACAGAUUUCAUAAGUGUUUACCAAAGAUUGUGGAAGUAAAUCAAGGUGUUUGCAGUGAAACAGGGGAAGAAACUUUCGGCAAAGGGGAGGUAAUAGUGAUAGCAGCCAUUUCAAGGCAGCGAAGAGUUGUUACACAGAUACAAUUAAAUGGAAAGACCAGGAUGUUAAGCAUCCCUGAAACAUAUAGUGAAAACCUGUGUGUUGUGAAACAAGGAAGACCUGGAAAAGAGGAUCUCCUAAUCAACAUAUUAGGUCACAACAAGCUUCCCCUCACUGUGUGUUUUCCAAGGAAUCGAACCAUAACUCUGGGAGACAAAAUAAUAAGUAGUAACCGCAUACCACACCUUAAUCUUACAGAAACUUUUGAUGAAGUCUAUUUGCUUGGCAACUAUAUAAACAAUGGAGAAAUAUGCAAAGAUGUUAUUCAAGUGCCACUGUACAUUUCACAACUUCGGGUGUCCGUAGUUAACGGUCUAAAUGGAGGUCGUGUACAGAAAUGGAAACAGUACAAACGCGAUGUAAACGACCAGUGUUCCAUGAUUAAAUACGAUCAGGAAGUUGGCAACCCCGGCAUUGCAGAAUAUGACCCACGUGCCGUGCAUUCUGGAAAGGCGUUAUCAUAUCUUGAACCAAUGACGUAUGAGAAUAUUGUAAACUUAGUUCAAACAAAUGAUCCUCAGUCAUUUUAUCCCGAUAUGACACCAGAGGAAAUUGACGAAUUAGGCCUAUACGAAGAUGUUCCGUUGUCAGAUUCAACAAGACAGAAUCCAGAGCUAUACUAUAAUCAACCUGAAAACAAUAAGCUCUUUAAGAAAGAUAUAAUUAAAAUUAGCCAAUCAUUGCCAACAGCGCCAUUUAUAUAUAGUAGUAUACAAGUUGACACACCGCCAUCUGACACAAGCAAACAGAAAGCGCAAAGUCGUCCAUCAAUUGCUCCAAAGCCUCAGUUCAAGCCAGACAGCCAUCAGACAUCUGUAUCCGCCCCUUCUCUUCCCGUAAGGCAAAAGUCAUCUUACCGAGAGGCUAAAAAAGUAGCAUGUGAUGAUUCACAACACUAUUCCAACGUUCUACCUAUUUCGGCAGUUUCUCCCACGAUUAAAGUAAAACGUUCGCAAACUACUCAUGAACAAACUCGGAUGGUUAACCCAUCCAGCAUGGUAGAGAGAAAAAGUCAUGCAAUUUCAAAAGCGAUCAGCUGUUCAAAAGACGUUGCCGAACUUUCCGUGGAAAAUGUAUGCGAGUAUCUGAAAGAAUUAAAUCUUUCGCAAUACGUAGACAGUUUUAAAGAACACAUGAUUGAUGGAGCUAUGCUAGUUGAACUUGAACCGGAUUUGUUACGGGAAGAAAUAGGGAUGAAAAGAAUCGAAGCAAUCCGACUUAUGAAAUUUGCUAAAGAAGGACGUCUACCAGUCCGUGAUUAACCUGUCUAAAAUAAUCAGGAAGUCACGAUAAAUAGGUUUAUUCUGUCAAUUUUUGUCAAAUAUGUAAAGUCAGAGUUAAUGUCUCCCUCUUUAAGAAGUUUUUCUGGGAAGCCAUAAAUGAGUAAAGAUAUAUUAACAAAAAGAAUAGUAAAGCAUGACGAACAUGAUAUAAACAUGGCAAAUGAACUAUGUAUUUAAAAUCUUUAUUUCACUUCAAGUGAAAACAAAUUUUGAAUGGCAAUGGGGAAAAUGGGUUAGGGGUGGUAAUAGAGGUGGAGAAAUGUUGUGUGAAAUUCUAAAAUAAGAUCAGCAGCUUCGGAGAAUAAGACUGUAUUAAAUAAUCCAUAUAAAGUAUAGAAUAAACGAGCCCAUUGACAGCCUGGCAGUCUUGUUUUUUAACAGAUCAACAUGGCUUGAAGGAAUUCGGUAGAGUGUCAUUUAACUAGCGUCGCUCCUUGACGACCACGACUUUAAACACAAAUUACUUGAAAGGAAUUGAUAAUUUACCCAAAAAAUACUUCUGUGACAUAUUUUUAAAAUCGGACUAGCGAUUUAUGAAGGGAAUAUUUCGUGUCCAUUUUGGUUGAAAAAUUCGACAUAAAUGCCCUAGUUUCAAAUGAAUAUUUAAAGAGACCAUUCAAGGAACAUUCCUUCGAAAUUAGCUUGGUUAUUCCGACGGAGACAUACUUCAAAAAUUGUAGACGACAGGCGGAUGAUGGACGAUAGAAAAGCGAACGGCGGUCACCCAACAAUACUUACAGCUCACCAGAAGCAGUUUGUGUUCAUAUGAGCAGAAUAUGCAACAUUAUUAUUUCCAAAGACCUCUAACCAUACUGAAGGUCAUUCUAAGAGAAUGAACAUUAUAGUUUCGUAUUCAACAUGUUUCAAAACAGAAACCAAAUAAAAGUACAUUGUGACCUUUCACACUGUACAUUUAAUUGGUCUCUGUAUCGUAAAAGUCUUAUAAAAUUAACAGCAAGUCCAUGAAACCUUAUUAUGCCCCCUUCGGAGAAGAAAGGGAUAUUGUUUUGCAGAUUUCGGUCGGUCAGUCGGUCUUUCUGUCAGUCGGUAUGUAGACCAAUCCGUUUCCGAAUGAUAACUAUAACUCAAGAACGCUUGGGCCUAAGAUCAUAAAAGUUAAUAGGAUGGUUGGUCAUGACCAGCAAAUGACCCAUAUUGGUUUUGAGAUCAGUAGGUCAAAGAUCAAGGUCACAGUUACCCACAACAGUUAAACGGUUUCCGGAUGAUAACUAAAAAUCGCUUAUACCUAAGAUCAUGAAAGUUGAUAGGGAGAUUGAUCAUGACCAGCAGAUGACCCUAAUUGAUUUUGAGGUCAAUAAGCCAAAGGUCAAUGACACAGUGACUCGGAAAAGUAAAAUCCAUUUCCAGACGAUAACUUGAGAACACUUGUGCCUAGGACCAGCAAAUAACCCCUAUAAAUUCUGAGGUCAGUAGGUCAAAGCUUAAGGUCACAGUGACCUUUAACAGUUAAAUUGUGUCCGGACAAUAACUUGAGAAUACUUGGACAUAGGAUCGCGAAACUUAAUAGGGAGGUUUAUCAUGACCAGCAAAUGACCCUAUUGAUUUUGAGGUCAAUAGGUCUAGGGUCGAGGUCACUUUGACCGAGAACAGUAUAACUUUUGUGCACAGUGACCAAAAAUUUCUGUUCCUUGUGCAAUUACUAAAUGCAUCAAUGGGGGGUGGGGGAGGGUGGGGGUGCAUUGCAUGUUCUACGAGCUCUUGUUCAGUUAGAUUUCAGUGUUUUGUCAUACUUGUACUGUUAAAUAAACUGAAAAUAGUAUAUGUAGAAAUACGAUUAAAGCACAUACGACAAUACAGUUUCCUAUUUAAUGACAAUCUUGAUUUAGUUGAGAAAAAUCACCCAUAAUUAUAAAAGCUGCAGAAAAGUCAUUUUGAUCCAAUCAAAAGACAAUAAAGCAAGCAAAAGUUCAACGUAAAAUAAACAUAGAUAAAAUAAAUAUAAUACAAACGAUAAACAAAAAAACAUAAACCUUUGACAAAGUAUGGACCAACACUACACCAGACAACAGUUCUUCACCAAAGUUAUUGACACGAAUCACAAACAGAGGCAUGCUUCUAAUUCCGAUAAGACGUAAGGUGUGUUUUUUCUGUGCAAGCCCCUUUCAGCCCCUGGUAUAUCGUAAAAGAAAACUGUUUUCCCUACUCAGCAUGAUCUUAAUUAAUUAUCCGAACCCGCUUUUAUUAGUCAUUGACUUAUAAAUGAAGCACCGAACGAAAUAUUAUUUUCCUGACAAACGUCCUAAAAUCUGCAUUACAGUAUAUUAUCAGACAAACACUGCAUUGUUUUACUUAUAGUCUUUAAUGUAUAUAAGGUAUAAUCUCAAUGGAAAACAACUGUAAACUACUGACUCUAUUUUACAAUAUGUUGUUGCAGCUCUUAAGCUACACCUUAAAGAUUUGGUUUUCUGUGUCUAUUAAACAUGGAAUAUAACAUUUUCGAUUUGAAUGUUACUAACCUUGUAUAACCUGUCUUUACAAAAUAAAUAUAAAACGGCAA